UAUGUUUACAACACGUCAAAACAAAAAGGAAAUACAGUUAACAUAACUUGUCAGGUACAAUUACAUUUAAACUACAGGAAUACACUUUUACAAGCCUUUGAUAUAUCGACAGUUCUGUAUUCUUGCCAUUUUCGGCAACAUUUUCAUCACUCUCCGUCGAGUUCACUGGAAAUGGCGGCUGCCGAAGCGUUGAAGAUCCGGGUUGCCCAGGAAAACGUACAAAUAGAACUCUGAUGAACGACUAAAUACUUAUGUUUGUCUGUUCUUCUGGAAAUGAGACAAACAGGAAGUGCACUCCUUUGGUUCCUGUUUGUGUAUACAGUUGCAUGCUGGGUAGACUACAACCUGCCAAAAAGCCACUUGUCUUUCUUUUUGCGUAACAAUCCAGAAAUGAAGCAAAGAUGUCAGGAGGAUGAAGCGUGUCCGUACAAGGGAUAUUUAAAUGAGACCAGAUGUUGGGGAUAUGAGGAUUACUGUGAUACAACCAGUCGUCUGAAUUCUACCACUUGUCCAGAGGGAAGCAGAGGAUGGACAAAGGGUAAAGCUGAGCAGCUAGACCUGUUUUGGAAAUCUGUGGACUUUGGUUACAUUCUGGAGAGGAAACAGGAGCUAAAAACCUUUUGUGAACCAAAAACUCAGGAGGAUUCAUCCCUUGAAUGUGUUCGCUACACUCGGUUUUGUCGAGGGAGGAACCUGUUCUUUGAUUUCACCAAACCAGAAAUGUUUUCUGGUCAAGAGAGAUUCAAAGAAAACUUGUUUGAUGCGAAGUUGAGGUUUGCACAGGAUGAAUUUAAUACAGGUGUGAUAGGGGGCCACUGUGACCUAGAUAAAGAGGCCCUCAAAGCAGAGGGAGAUCAUAAGAGUGCUUUACAAUCCUGGUUUGCUGAAGUGGAGCAUUUCUCAUCACUGCCUUUCCGUCCAAUCCAAGAUGGCCGAUGUGAUAUCAUUUUAGACAAACCAACAUACUUUAUGAAGUUAGAUGCAGGGGUAAAUAUGUACCACCAUUUUUGUGACUUUAUCAAUUUGUAUGCUUCCAAUCACCUAAACAACUCUUUUUCCACUGAUGUCUACGUUGUUAUGUGGGAUACGAGCACCAUGGGCUACACAGAUCUGUUCACAGAGACCUGGAAAGCCUUCACAGACUAUCCUAUUAUUAGAUUACACAAGUUCACAAAGAAAACUUUGUGUGUACGAGAAGCUGUCUUUUCUCUACUUCCCAGAAUGAGAUAUGGCAUGUAUUAUAAUCAGCCUUUGGUUCCAGGUUGCAGUGGGAGCAGUUUUUUUGAAGCCUUUAAUCAGCAUUUGGCUCACAGACUUAAACUCACACAACAUGGGCCACUGGAGUCCAAAAUUAGAAUAACUCUUCUGUCCAGAAAAACAAAGUACAGGAACAUUCUGAAUGAGGAUGAGUUGAGAAGGGCAAUGAUUACAGUGGGAGAAUUUGACGUCAAAGUAGUAACAUAUAACAGGGACAUGCCAUUUAUGGAGCAAAUAGAGACAUCCUACAAUAGUGAUAUAUUUAUUGGCAUACAUGGAGCCGGACUGACACAUCUUCUCUUUCAACCAGACUGGGCUGUAGUUAUUGAAUUAUAUAAUUGUGAGGAUGAUUCCUGCUAUCAUGACCUGGCAAGAUCUAGAGGUAUUCACUACAUGACAUGGGAAAAACCAUCCAAAGUUUACCAAGAAGAUGAGGGUCAUCAUCCAACACUUGGGGCUCAUGCCAAGUUUACAAACUAUGAGUUUGAUGUGAGUGAGUUCAUGAGAUUGAUCCUUAAUGCUGCUGAGUAUGUACGAUCUCAUCCUAAAUUUAUCCAAGGAAGACAAUCCAAGUAUUCUGAGGGAAAAGGGAAGCAAUCCAAAGCUUCUCAAGGGAGAGAAUUCAAAGAAGAGUUAUGAUGUUAAUGUAAUAAGUAGGUUUCAAGGAGAAAUGGCAAAUAACAUGAAUUUGUAAAGAUAGGAAAGUAAUUGAUACACAAAACCGAAAUUUUUGAUAUUUUAAGAAAGAGCUUAAUUCAAGGGUUAAACUCCUGAUGCACAUACAUACAUAAACACGAAAAAAUCUCUGUCCUUGCAAAACAAUGAACUCCUGGUCAACAGAAGUUCAGCUAAUGCUUCAAAGUGCAACAGGCAAGAAAUUUCAAUAGUUCCAAAACAAUAUAUAUAUCCAGGUAUAUUUUCACUGCUUACACACACAAAAAAAACAAAACCCCAAAAUUGACAUAAAAGUGGCAUAUGGUUAACAAUAAUAAAGAUAUGGAUAGUAAAAAUAUAAAAGAAAACACAGAUAAAAUGCAUAAAUCAAAAAUGUGAAAUCAGAGCAAGUAUUCUAUAAAUAUUUGACUGUGAUGAAUAUUAAUUAUGUGUACAUGUUUUGUUAUCAGAAUUGAAUUGUUAAAUUAUUUCUGACCUUUGUUGCUAUGAACAUUAUUUCACAAAAUUACAGAGCUGCCAACCCUUACAAUUUUGGCAUAAGGCUUACGGUUUGAGCAUCUAAAAUACGCCUUACGAUUUAUCAAUUUAUCCUUAUGAUCUCCAUUUCUCUCUGUCAGACGUUGAAAUACUGGUCUUUUCAUAGCUGUUCACCUUCAGUUUUCAAUAUUACUGUACAGAAGUCAUAAUCCUUACAACGCUUGCCUGUAUUUUCAUUGUCUGUCUCUAUACUAACUUCUAAAUCAUUUUAAAGUAAUAAAAUAAAGAUAUCUAGUGGCCUGGGGACUAUUCGGCCUUUGGACUUCCUCCUUACAAUUUUUCAUUUGAUGAUGUUGGCAUCUCUGUAAUUAAGCAGUAAUGAAAACCAGUGAUGCACACUUUUUGAUGAAUCACAGAUGAUUAUUAUCGAGUAAUUAAAAAAUUAGAAGUAGACAUUGUAUAUGACAAUUUACAAUUAUGGUGCUAGUUUGAUUAAUCUUCUUAGAAUAUAUAUUUUACAUCAAUCAAAUAAUAAAUUGUACAUGAAAGUAGAGUAGAGGUUAUUGCUAUAUUUUCUAUCCAUUUUUAGUUCAUCAAUUAAUAAUUUUUUUAAAUAGUUUUUAUUAUAACUCAAAUAU